AUACCCGCGGUGAAGGUUAAUCAGAGGAAGGAGGAACAAUAGAAAAGAGAAAAUGGAAAAGAAGCGGAAAAGGAAGCAAGAGGCAAAGCGCAACGAAGAGCGAAAUGCAAAGUCAGUUAAGGCGAGUCAAAUCCAAACCGAAAACGAAAAUCUAAAGGAACCAUUCCCUUCUCACAGUGGACCCACCCCACAAGAAUGCCUCGACAUACGAGACACUCUCUUAGCCCUACACGGCUUACCUCCAGAACUCGCCAAGUAUCGCAAAUCACAACAACAAACCGACGACACCAUCAAUCCAGACCCACCGGAAACCGUUCUAGACGGUUUAGUUCGAACCAUACUCUCCCAAAACACUACGGAAUCCAAUUCCAAUAAGGCUUUCGCUUCUCUCAAAUCUUCAUUUCCCACUUGGGAACAUGUGCACGGUGCUGAGAGUAAGGAGUUGGAGAAUGCUAUUAGAUGUGGAGGUUUAGCUCCGACUAAAGCUUCGUGUAUUAAGAAUUUGUUGCGUUGUUUGUUAGAGAAAAGGGGUAAAUUUUGCUUGGAGUAUUUGCGUGAUUUGUCUGUUGCUCAAAUUAAGGCUGAACUCUCUCUUUUCAAAGGAAUUGGUCCCAAAACAGUGGCUUGUGUGUUGAUGUUCAACCUUCAGCAAGAUGAUUUUCCUGUGGACACUCACAUAUUUGAGAUUGCAAAAACCAUUGGUUGGGUACCGGCUGUUGCCGACAGAAACAAGACAUACCUUCAUCUAAACCAAAGGAUUCCAAAUGAACUUAAGUUUGACCUGAAUUGCCUUCUGUAUACUCACGGGAAGUUCUGCAGUAAAUGCUCCAGUAAAAGGGGCAACAAGCAACAGAAGAAAUUCAACGAUAACUCUUGUCCUUUGUUAAACUAUUAUAAAGAGCCGGUUUGAACUUUGAAUUCUCCUAACAAAAUCAUUUACAAUCUUCUGAUUCCCAGUUCAACAUGGGCCUUAUGAUCUUGUAACUAUAUAUAACCUUGGUGUUACAGACUUAGGCAGAAAAACAAUUUUGAGAACAAUUGAAAGAAAGACUCACAAAUUUUGUGCUGAUGCAUGAAACACGUAGGAUUUUGUUUGGAUUGUCUGAAAAUGGUCGAUCUCAACACUUCCAAGACCUAAGCUCUACUAACAUCACGAGCAAGAUUUCAAAUUUCUUUAACCUAACUGAAGCUCACUUAUAUCAUAGAAGUUGUAAAUUAAUUGUUUUUUUUUUCAACAAUGAAUGUCAGUAAUUAUUAUUGUUAA